AUGUUGACCAACACUCUUUACUUCUUGGCGCUAGUCGCACCUAUCCUAGCGACACCUGCGCCGCAGGGAGUUACGCUCUCAGACACUGUUAAGCAGAAACCUAUUCAGAUGUGCGGCAAAGCGCAAAACGUUGUCUUGACUGACACUCCGUGGAUCGUGUACAACAUGUUUUACAAUCAAGCACAAACCAAGGGCAGCAUGUGCACGGGUUACGACUCCGUUUCGACUGGCACGAACGGGAACAAGAACAUCAAAUGGAGUGCUGUUACCGAUAUUGACUAUGUCAAGGCGACGGACAACGUGCCGAAAGGCUACACAUUUGUAGGACUUACCCAGGGUCUAGAGGUUAGACUUUCAGCCAUCAAGUCCAUCCCUGCAACGUAUGACUGGAAGCGCACCAACAGCACUGCCUACAAGGGAAAUAUUUGCUUCGACAUCAUGACGUCCGACACAAAGGGUGACUCGACUUCUAGCCAAGCCCAGGAGCUUAUGCUCUGGCUGGAGUACACAGGUGGCCAAUUGCCCAUUGGCUGGGUCGAGGGCCCGAUAGCCACGAUACAGAACUUGUACGGAACAAGUUGGAAGCUGUAUCAGGGCAAGAACGAAGAUACCGGUAUCACUGUGUCGAGCCUGCUUCCUGACAAGCAAUUCUCUGGAACUUUCUCUGGAGAUAUCAAGGAAUGGCUGCAGGAGCUUGUGAAGGUGGGCGUGUUCAGCCAGGAAACGUUUGUGAAUGUUGGUAAUGCUGGAACGGAGCCAUUUUUUGGAAAGGCAACUGUGGAGGCGACCCUGGGGCUGCAGAUCAACUUGUAG